GGAUCCCAUGGAUCCAUGGAUGCAGGCUCAGGCUGUGCUGUGCUUCCCCUGCAGACUCUGCACAUCGGCAGUUCCCACCUGGCCCCCCCGAAGCCGGACAAGCAGUUCCUGAUCUCUCCCCCGGCGUCUCCGCCCGUGGAUUGGGAGCAAGUGCAGGACGCCACUCCCGUCAUCAACUACGACCUCCUGUAUGCCAUCUCCAAACUGGGGCCAGGUGACAAGUACGAGCUGCACGCCGCCACUGCCACCACUCCCAGCGUUGUCGUUCACGUGUGUGACAGCGACAGCGACCUCGCGG